CUCUCUCUCUCUCUCUCUCUCUCUCUCUCUCUCUCUCUCUCUCUCUCUCUCUCCUCCCCUCUCCUUUCCUCUUCUAUCUAUUCCUCCUCUUUCAGUCUCCCCACCCUUUCAGUCAUUCUCCCGUAGGCUCUCUCUCUUAACCCUGGAUUUCGCCGUCAGUCUCCGCAUACCUUUCCUUCUCCUUUCUUGCCUGUCUCUCCCUCUCUUUCUGUCCGGACUUCUCCCUUUCUCUCCAGUUGGUCUGUGUCUCUCCCUUGUUCUCAUCUCCUCCACCCACGCUCUUCCUCCCUCUGUCCCGGCCCCAUCCCCUAACCUGACCCCAAGUCUCCGCGGCCCCCACAGCUGCCGGGGUGUGACCCAAGGGGCUACGGAUAAGCCUCCUGGAUCACCCAGAGUAAAGUGACUGGGGGCUCAGACUCCGGGCUCGCUGAAGGGAAGCAUGCAGUCCGGCUGACACAGGCAGAAGGGCUUGGGGGGUUAGGGGUCUGGGAGCGGAGUGCAGAACUAGGCUGGGCCAGAAGGCUGUCCUGGACUGUGCUCUGAGAUUGUUGACUGACUGACCGACUGGGUGAGGAGGUUCUACAGGUCCAGCCAGAAGGUUGAGCGCUGUGCAGUGACAUUAAUGGGAUCAGAGGGAUUAGAGGUUCAGGUGGACAGGCCCUCGCUCCCACCCCUUGGUUUUACUGGAGAAGAAACUGAGGCUUAGAGGGGUCACAGAGGAGGCACGUGGCAUAGCCCAGAUGGAAAUCCUCGAGUUCCGGUACCCUCGAAGAAGGCGGUCUGCAGCGGAGGGCUCCAGGGCUCUGCACUCGGCCCCAUGUCCUUUAGUCGGUCUGCGACUAGGCCACGGGCACGGACGGCAAGCUCAUCACCUACUGGAGUAGCACAGGGCUGGGCGACAGAGCCGGCAUCCAGAGGAAGGGCAAGGCUGGGCGGGGCUGCUCUAGACUGCUCUCCGAGGUUCCAGAGCCCUGAAUCACCUCCUGGGCGCGGGAUCCCCAAGCACGGGACCAUGACAUCACCGAGCUCCGAGCUCGCUCCUUUCGUGACAUCAGCCCCCCCCCUCCCCCGCCCGAGGAUUCGAGCUGAUUCCAUCUAUGGAAACUGCACUCCGGAGGGAGUGACGUCAGCGCCUUUUCGCUUUCCCUCCGGCGGCCCCUUCCCCUGACGUGAGAAACACCCGCCCAUGACGCCAGCCCGUCCUAUAUAAGGGCCUGAGUAGCUGCGCUUGAGCUAACCGGACGGAGAACGGAGAAUACAGACAGACAGAGAGAGAGAGAGCGAACAGGCCCUGAGCCAGAGAUCGAACGCAGACGCCGAGCCUUCGGGGUCCCUGGCCAACAUGUGCUGUAGCCCGAGACCUCCCUGGACAUCGCCGUACCCGCCCUGGACAUCGCCGUGCCCUCGGACGCCCGCUCUGCCCCCAGGAUGACGCACAGCCCGGAUCCCCCCAGCCCUGACCUGGGACAUCCCAUGGAUAUCCCCCUGGGGGCUUCCCUCCGGAGCAGCCUUCUCUCUGGCCUGCAGUUCCUUCUGGCCUGGGCCUGGGCCCAGCUAUGGAGGGUGGGCCUCCAGCCCAAGCCUAGGGAAGCAAAGCUUGUGAACUCUGACAAGAGAGCCGAGGGGCAGAAGGAGGCCCCUUUGGUCCAGCCCCUGGGACCUUGGCCUGAAGCCAGAAGAGCUCAGGCCAGCUCUGGCCCCCUGCUUUGGGCUGGAGGGUGGGUGAGGAAAGAAGACAAUGGAGGAGUUGCUGAAGGUCCAGCUGACCAUGAGUCUGGAGAACAGGAGGUGCAUGAUGGAGCAGCCAGGAGGGAGAAGCCUGACAGUAGGCCUGCCGGCAGAGACCUCCUCAUGGGACGAAGGACCCACUGGCCUGGAGACAAAGUGAAUGACAAUGAAGACCCAGGAGAGGAGGCCUGGUACGAAACACUGUCCGAGGCUCUAGGGUCAGCUGACGGAAAAACUCCUUCCCCUUCGGACAGUGGCCCUCACAGGCUCUGGGCUUCGGCCCGGCAGCUCAGAGGAGAGGCACAUGAGAGGGGAAUGGGGGAAACUGAGGAAGGUGACAACGAAGGAGGAGCAUGCAGCCAGUCCCCUCCUCCAGUGCUGACCAGUCCCCUGCUCAGGGCCUGGGCUUACAGACCUGGAGAGGAGGAAGAGGAGGAUGAGGAAGAUGUGCCUGACGGGGAAGGAGGGGACGAGGAUGACGAAGACGCUAAAGCAGAAGUAGCGGGCAGGACAGGCCCUGGGCUGCAGCCCUUCCUUGUUUCCAUCUUCGUCCCAGGGGCUGAGCAGCCCCCACCCUGGAGCCCACCUCAGCUGCCCCAGAGGCUGAAGAGGCGACUGAGGCCAAGAAGAGCCCCUGUGGAGCCAGAGCCUGAGCCCCCUCCAGGCAGGAAGGUCCGAUUCUCCAGUACGGUUCGGCUUCACCUCCUGGCAGUGUGGGCAGGCCCCGCCCGCGCCACCCGCCGGGGUCCGUGGGAGCAGCUGGCCCGCGAUCGGAGCCGCUUUGCGCGUCGUAUCGCCCAGGCCGAGGCCCAACUGGGCCCGUGCCUGUGCCCCGCGGCGCGUGACCGGGCUUGGGCCCGUCUCCAAACACCGACUUUCCCCAGAGUUAUAGAUGUCACCCUCCCUACCCCCACCCACAGCAGUCCUGCCUUCCUCCAGGGGCGGGGCUCUGCCCCUUCUUGCAGCCCCGCCCAGCUCCCCAGUCUGUAGCCCCGCCUUCUACCAUAUCGCCUCUCCUUCCCCAGCUUAGAACCCUAGAAAGAAGCCAGGCCCCGGCUUUGCUUAGCAUUCUCUCCCCCCCCCCCCCAGUCCUAGGCGGGUGGCAUAAGUGUAUGAAGUCUGUUUCUUGAGAAGGUCUUAUUGCGUGUGGGUGAUUGUAAGCCCCAGGAGGGCAGGUUACCCUUGUCUGUAACCCUAGCGCCUCACACGGUAGGCGUUUA